AUGGGCGGCGAAGAUACGAAAUCAAGUGAGGCAAGAUUUACGAAUGUGGGUCAUCUGAGGCAGUUUACACUCAAUUCAGACUGGAAGAUUUUUUAUACUCAGUUGACGCAAUAUUUUGUGGUGAACAACAUCACAGACGACAAAAUUCAACAAGCUCUACUGAUCAAUUGUUGCACCGAAGAAUCAUACAAGUUGCUGGAGAAUCUAUGCGUUCCAGAAGAUCCAACGAAGAAAACAUUCAGGGAGUUAAUUACACUGUUUGACAAGCAUUUUGUCCCCCCCAAGUUACAUUUCCCAGAGAGGUAUAAGUUUUAUCAUGCAGUACGAGGGCGAGACGAAGAGAUAGUCGAGUGGGCGUCCCGAAUCCGACAUUUGGCGUCGAAGUGCAAGUUCGGGGCGGAACUACAAGUGGUACUGAGAGAUCGCUUUAUCAUGGGGCUUGGCGAAGGAGUUAUUUUAGAUCGCUUAUUGGAGGAAGAUGUGAGUAACCUCACGUUGCAGCAAAGUGUCGAUAUUGCGGCUAGUAAGGAGGCGUCGAGGCACCGUUAUGUAUUGGACUCAGAAAGGUCCCGGAAGAAGGAAGAGGCGGAAAUGUUCCAGUUGUCUCAUCAAAAAAUUUGGAGAGAGUCACAAGGCCAGGGAAGAGAGUCAAAAAGUUUAAGAAGAGGCAACGGUCGUGUGACAGGAAAGGCGGAAUUUGGGGCUACUUCCCAGCUAGCAGCCAAGUCAGGAUCGCAGUUAUGGUGUAAGGUUUGCGGUAAAAAGGGACACCAUGUCAGUAAGUGUCGUUAUCAGAAUUACAUAUGUCAUAUUUGUGGAAUUCGAGGUCAUUUAGCAGCGGUUUGCUCAAGUUCAAAGAAAGGUGGCAGGUCAAGUCAUAAUUUUUUGUCGACGGAGGCAGAAGAAACCAUGUUCAGGGUGCAGACGAACGAGGUCAGGUACGCGCCAAUUCAGGUAGAAGUCGAAGUUGGUGAGGACAAGUUAAGGUUUGAAUUUGACAGUGGUGCAUCUGUGUCGGUAAUUUCUGAAAAGUUUUGGAGUGAACAUUUUUGUAAUUUAGCAUCAAGGUCAGACGGUAAAUGGUUGUCCAAUUAUAAUGGACAGAAAAUUGUACCAUUAGGUUAUGUCGAAGUGGAAAUUAAGUUUAAAGAUUUGCGCCAUAAGUUGAAGUUGUAUGUCAUUAGAAACGGAGGUCCACCUUUACUAGGUCGAGAUUUUUAUUACAAAUUUAAUCUGGAAUUUUUAAAUAAAAUUGAGUCCGCAAAUAAUAAUAAUGGGAGCGUCGCGGAAUUGUUAGGGCAAUUUCCGACAGUUUUUUCAGAUCAGUUAGGGUUGUUCAAUAGGAGCACCAUACGGUUAAAUAUUUCAGAAAAAGCACAGCCUAAAUUUUAUAAACCUAGGCCGUUACCGUUUGCAAUUAAAGACAAGGUGGAGCAAGAACUGGAGCGGUUAGUUAAGUUGGAAAUUUUACAACCGGUUAAUUUUAGUCAUUGGGGAACGCCUAUCGUUCCGAUCAUUAAAAAAGAUGGCACCGUACGGAUAUGUGCGGAUUAUAAAAUCACAGCAAAUUUAGCGGUAGAGGCGGAUUUGUUUCCUUUACCUAGGAUUGAGGAAAUUUUUGCAAAAUUGAAAGGAGAAACCUUCACGAAGUUAGAUCUUUCACGAGCUUAUCAGCAAAUAGGGUUAGAUGAACAGUCAAGAGAAAUUACGACAAUUUCAACGCAUAAGGGGUUAUUUCAGUACACGCGCUUACCGUUCGGGCUAGCAUGUGCACCAUCUAAGUUUCAAAGAAUAAUGGAGACGAUUUUACAAGGGUUAGAUGGGGUGUGUUGUUUUCUCGAUGAUAUUUUUAUUACGGGAGAGAAUUUUAGCCAGCAUGUAGAGCGAGUGCACGCGGUGUUGACUAGAUUACAACAUUGCGGGUUAACCAUUGAAUUUUCGAAAUGUGCAUUUUUCCAAGAUAGGGUAACGUAUUUAGGAUACGUGAUUGACAAGACUGGGUUACAUCCUUGUGAGGAUAAGGUGAGAGAUGUCAAGAACACUCCACGACCGCAGAAUGUUAAGCAAGUGAAAGCUUUUUUAGGGUUGGUAAAUUAUUACAAUAAAUUUAUACCUAAUAAUGCGAGUCUGUUGCACCCAUUAUAUGAAUUGCUCAAGAAGGAUACACAGUUUGUGUGGUCGGAGCAUUGCGAACGAGCUUUCAUGCAAGUAAAAGAAAUAUUGACAUCAGAUCGAGUGUUAGCGCAUUAUGAUGCGACAUUGCCAAUAGUUUUAACGACUGAUGCAUCAGAGCAUGGGGUUGCAGCUAUUAUUUCGCAUACAGAUCAUAAGCCUUUGGUUACAAUUUUUGGCCCUAAACGAGGCUUACCAGUUUUAGCGGCGAAUCGUUUACAGCGUUGGGCGUUAAUAUUAGCGAAUUAUGAGUACGAUAUUAGGUUUAUCAAGUCAAUGGAUAAUAAUGCCGAUGCGUUGUCGCGGUUACCAGUAGCAGACGAGUUUACGGAACCAGCUGCUGACUAUACUUAUUUUAAUUAUAUUUUUUCUAACUCAGACCUACCUAUCGACAGUGCUUGUAUCGCAUCGGAGACUGUGAAGGACAAGGCAUUAAGUAAGGUGUUGAAAUAUCUUCAAAAAGGGUGGCCGAAACGUAUAACCAAGGAGUUAAAGGGGUACGAACAGUACAAGAAUAAUCUCACCGUAGAAGGGAAUUGUAUUUUGUUUGGUUAUAGAGUCGUGAUUCCAAAAGCGUUGCGGCAUAAUAUUCUUCAGGAGCUACAUAGAUCCCAUAUGGGAAUUGUGAAAACAAAAAGUUUAGCACGUUCGUACGUGUGGUGGCCUAAUAUGAGCACGCAAAUAGAAAAUUUUAUUGCAAAUUGUCCAAAUUGUUUAAAGUUGCGGGAGGCUCCCGGUUUAAGUAAACUAAUGCCAUGGUCAAUUCCAGAUUCAGUUUGGGAACGUAUACAUAUAGAUUUUUUAGGGCCGAUUUUCAAUAAACAAAUUUUAAUUGUGGUGGAUGCGUACAGUAAAUGGACAGAAGCGUUUGUUAUGACAAACAUCUCAACUCAAGCAACCAUUAAUGUUUUGCGAAGUUUGUUUGCGAGGUUUGGGUUUCCCAAAACCAUUGUGUCGGAUAAUGGCAGAGCUUUUACAUCGGAAGAAUUUGAAAAUUUUUUGCGAGUUAAUGGUAUCCGAUUUAAAAGAUCAGCUCCAUAUCACCCCGCUACGAAUGGUCAAGCGGAGAAUUCUGUUAAAACGGUCAAGAGGGCGUUAUACAAAUGUUUAAAAGAUGACAAUCUUGCAAAUUUUAAUUUAGCGUUAAACAAAUUCCUUUUGGAUUAUAGAAAUACGGUUCAUUGUAUGACUGGUCAAUCACCAGCAAUGUUAAUGUUAGGUAGGAAUUUAAGAUGUAGACUAGAUUUGUUACGACCCGACACCAGGGCCGUAGAUGUUGGUAAGGCAGGCUUGCAGCAAACGUGGCGUAAAAAGCAAGCUCAGGCAGUUAAACAUUAUAAAGCACGUGAUUAUCGCCACGCCAAGCCAGCUUGGUGUGCAGGCAGCAUUGUCAAGGUGUUAGGGCCGCGCACCUAUUUAGUAGAAAUAACGGAAGGUUAUGUGUGGAAACGACAUAUAAAUCAGCUGUUAGUCAAUAGGGCACUACGGAAUGUACAAGAUAAGAACGUAGAUACUGAGGAUAAGAACUAUGUAGAGGAUAGGAAAAUUCUGUUAGAUUGUAAGAUUGAUCAGGACGUGCAGGAUAAUCAAACAGAGUUGUCAAAAGAAAGCUCUUUAGUCACAAAGCUGAGACGGCGUAGUCAAUUGAAACCGCCAGACCGUUUCCGAUACUAA